AUGGGCUUUUCGAAUGGCUCUUCGCCCCCCGCUUCUUCUAGUUCUAUUAAUACUAAUAGCACACAACACCCCGUGUCCCGCAAUGCCGCCACGAACCGCAAAGGCCAAGUGAUGGGUGUGUUGGCCGUGGUGGGAUGUUUGCUGAUCUUUCAGUAUCAAAUAGCGGAGCAUCGCAUGAACAUGGAACAAAUGACUAUAGAAUUGGAAAUGCUACAUGGAAAGAACCACAAGCUACAGCAAAAACUGCAGAAAUUAUUGGACACUGAGGAUUCCUCUCAACAGAAGACCAAGAAGGCGUCUCUCCAAGACGACAACAUUCAGAGCUUACAAGCCGAAUUGCAGGCGGCCAAACAAACGGCAAUGACGCAACAACAAGAGACUCAGACCAGUUUGACGCAGCAUCAGAAACUCAUGGAAGACCUGACGCGACAAAUACACACCUUGCAGACCGCCAAGAAUCCAGAAAUUCAGAGCCUGCGAACAGAACUACAGACACUCCAGGCGCAUCAAAAAAAGUAUUCGACGUAUGCUGCUAGCAGCAUUAGUAAGAACCAAAUUGCUACAAUGCUGUCACUACCAUCGCCGCAAGAACUCGCCAAUCGCCCUCAGUUUCCCGCUACCAAAUUCACCCCCCACGUGCGAGAAUUACUCGAGGUCAUUGACAAUGUCACCUUGCAUCUCCCCGACGAUGCCGCCGAUCCGUGGGCGUUUGAUCCACACAAAUACUGUGCUCUAGGCUAUCACAUUUUUGUCGAUCAACCCUAUACGCCACCCACCGUGAUUGAAUGCAAUCCCGACAAUGCAUGGUGUCUGUACUUUCGACAUUUGUUUCAAAAUGCAUCGCGGGUGUUGCCGUACAAUGUCUCGAUUGGAGAAUCGCAAGGGGACAUGGUUCGGAGUAAAACGGCCAUGGGAUGGGGGCAAUGUUUUGCCAGUAGUGGACCCGAUCAAGGAGGUUUUUCCAUGAACAACUUUCAAGAUGUCAAGGAACAAAUGGAAAAGGCAGACGAACACGAUGGCAUUUCUUACAAACACGUUCACAAUAUAACAUGGGAGAAGCGACAUCGGAUCCCCGUCUUUCGUGGACAUCCUCGCAUGCCCGAAAAACCCGUCUGGAAAGCCAAUCCGGGACGCUGUGAAAAAGAAACCCUCCAGAGUGGCAAAUUUGGAGAACGCGCUCGGGCAGUCCUCUUUUCCUUAAAAUAUCCCAAACUACUCAAUGCUCGCGUCAAGUACUCCUGGCAUCCCUGUCAAAUCUACAAUGCCACCAAUGGGAUGGAUCAACUCUUUGGAUGGGGUCCCAAGUAUCACAGAGACGAAGAUAUUCAAAUUCCGUCGUCCAGCUAUUACACCGAAUAUCAAGUCGUGGUCGUCUUGGGGGGCAUUGGGGCGGCCUUUCGCACCCCGAAGCAUUUGAGUGCCGGACAGGCCAUUGUCUUGCAACGAUUCAAGUACGAAGAGUGGUUCUACAAGUACAUGACACCCUACGUGCAUUACAUUCCACUCAAAGAAAACUUGUCCGAUCUCAAAGAAGUCAUGGAGUGGGUACGAGACAAUCCGCAAAAGGUCCAACAGAUUGCCGAAAAUGGAAAGAAAUUCUAUCACGAAUAUCUAUCCUUUCCCAAGAACGAUGAACACUGGUACGAACUCAUUUGGAGAUUGGCCGAACUCAUUCAUGACAAGGGACCGGAACGAUUAAAGACGGGAACCGUUCGCACCAUUUGGCCGGCGCCCAUUGUGCCUUGGAGAUUCCUACGGGAUCCUACAACUGGAGUCUUUGUCGAAGAAGAACGCUCGAAGACCAGACAACCCUAUCUGGAUGCCGAUAAAAUUACGGGGGAAUUCACCAAACCAUAA